AUGAAGAAAUAUAUACUAUGUAUAUUUGUUGUAUUAUUGAUAAUCAUAACGAAUUCAAGUUAUGCGUUUCCAGCAAGUUCUAAACCUAUGAGUAAAAGAGCAAAAAUGGAACCUAUGAUUAAAACAUAUGAUAUUCCAUCAGAAGAAAGAACGAGUAAUACAACAGAUUUUUUUGUUGAUGAUAUUAAUAAUAUAAAUUCUGUCGGACUCUUAAAUAUUGUAAAAACAGACGGAUCAGAUGAUGAUUGUACUGCCUCUGUAAUUAGAACUAAUAAUGGAAAUAUUGCGAUUACCGCUGCACAUUGUAUUUUUGAUCAUAAUCUUCAGACGUGGAAUACUAAUCUUUAUUUUUUUCCUGGGUACAACAAUAAUGCACCAGGUAGAGUUGGAAAAGUUUAUGCUUAUAAAUCGUUUAUAUGGGGAGAUUUUAGGCAAGACAUUACAAGGUUUGAUUAUGGCUUUAUAAAGUUUUAUUACCCAGAAGGAAGAAAAUUACAAGAUGAUACAGGAGCUUUCGAUUAUGAUCUCGUUAUACCUCAAGGAAAUGUUCCAGCUACUGUAUUUGGUUAUCCAGGUGAUAAUUCUGGUGAUUUCGUGAACUGUCCCAAAGAUGGACAACAUCUUUGUCAGUGGCAAGGAGAUUCAUUUGAUUUUCCAUCAACUCUUCCAAAUUACGAGUGGUAUAGAGGUAUAAAUGUAGAUGUUGGUUACGGCUCAAGUGGGGGUCCUUGGCUAAGAAAUUAUGAUCCAAAUACUAACGCAGGCAAUGUAAUGGGUAUUUCACAUGGUAUAUUAUAUGAACCUUAUCCUGAUUUUAGUACCGCCUCUUGGGCUUGGCAUCAAGAUGAUUUUGCAAAUCUAUUGCAAUAUGCUGAAAAUUCACAAUAGGAAUUCAAUAUUAUUUAAUAUAAUAUAAUUUUAAUGAAUUUAAAAUUCUUUUAAAUAUAAAUAACUAAAUUAAUUUACAACCUUU